UUGCGAAAGCAAAUGCCUUUCUAGUUUUUCGUAAAAGAAAUGGUAAACCAUUGUGGUUCUUCUUGUUUCAAAGCUUCUCAUGGAAGCACAUCAAUCUGCAAACUUUUGUCCUUUUUUAUUCGGGUUUUCCGUCGUAGGGUAAGUCCGUUUUGGCUCCAACUAUUUUAUUUUCUCUCUCUUUCCACACUUGGUUUUUGGAUUCUCAAGGUUUUGAAGCCAAGAACCGACUUCAGGCCUAGAAAUCUAGAUUUGUUCUUCACCUCUGUUUCGUCCGCCACCAUUUCCAGUAUGUCCACCGUAGAAAUGGAGGUUUUCUCUAAUCCCCAACUCAUUGUCAUGACCAUUUUGAUGUUCAUUGGUGGCGAAGUCUUUACCUCCAUGGUUGGACUCUUCCUUAGGAACAGCGAACCAAACCAGCCCCAGAAAGCCGAACACAAAAUUGGUUCGGAAUACCCAAAUCCUGAAGUUAACGUCGUCCAUAAAUUAGAGUUAGGGUUGACGACAAUAGCCGAAUCAAAUCGUCUUGAAUCCGAAGAAUCCAUUCCCGACAAGUCCCAGUUGAUGUACAAUUCAGUUAGGCUUCUGGGGUUUGUAGUUUUAGGAUACCUGUUAACAGCCAAUGUGAUGGGCACGGCUCUAGUGUGGAUUUAUAUCUCCUUUGUUUCUAGUGCCAAACAUGUCCUGAAAAACAAGGGACUAAACCUCUUCACCUUUGCCAUUUUCACCACAAUCUCCACCUUUUCAAACUGUGGAUUCGUUCCCACCAAUGAAAACAUGAUAGUUUUCAAAAAAAACUCUCUUCUCCUCUCAAUUCUAAUCUCUCAAAUUCUUUUAGGAAAUACCCUGUUUCCGUCUUGUCUAAGAUUUUCCAUUUGGGUUCUGGGGAAAUUCUUUAAAAGAGUGGAAUCCAAGUUCAUUUUGAGGAAUACUGGGGAAAUUGGGUAUCUUCAUCUACUUCCAAGCCAACAUUCCAAGUAUUUGGUGGGUACUGUUUUGGGGUUCAUCUUGGUUCAGUUUGCGCUUUUCUGCGGCAUGGAAUGGUAUUCAGAUGCGUUGAGUGGGCUGAAUUCCACAGAGAAAAUAAUUGGGGUGCUUUUUCAAUGCGUCAAUGCAAGGCAUGCAGGGGAAACUAUAGUGGAUCUCUCAACAAUUGCUUCGGCUAUUCUGGUGUUAUUCGUCAUAAUGAUGUUAGUCUUGCUCUCUCUUCCUUACUUUCAUUUUAUUUAGUUUUAUUAUUCGUAAAUAGAAUAGCAUAAUAUGU